AUGACUUCAGCACAUCCUGGGCCAGAAAGCCCACCAGAGGCAUCGAAUGACGCUAUAAUGGCUACUCCAUCGUCAAACGGCCAUCACCUUCGAAAUGAAAUGCAUGGAGAGGAGGACAAGAUCUCGAGCUCGGACGCCCUAAACUCGAGCGACGAUGACUUCCCCGGCAAAUUCGAGCCAGUCCGACCUGGUGAUCGCGAAGAACUGACCAGGAUCGCAUCGUCGAUAUCGUCGCGCCGCCCAAGUACCCUAAGUCGUCGUGACAGUGCCCCGAUUACGCGCAUGGAUACAAUCGACGAGAUGGCUCUCGAAGAUCCGCGAAUUGACCCGAGGGACGAAAAGUUCGAUGCAUACUUGUGGUCGAGAAAAAGGUUGCGUCUGAUACAACAGCAGGGGGUGGAGUUUCCCAGAGCAAGUGUUACGUUCAAGAAUGUGAAUGUAUCUGGUUCUGGCGAAGCGUUGCAGUUGCAAGAGACGGUCGGCUCGAUAUUGACUGCUCCCUUGCGACCCGGGAAGUUCUUCAGUUUUGCAAAGAAGAAAGAGCGCAAAGCGAUCUUGCGCAACUUUGACGGCGUUAUCAAAGGUGGUGAACUUCUUAUGGUUCUGGGACGACCGGGUAGUGGCUGCUCGACUUUACUCAAGACGCUUUCCGGAGAACUACGUGGUUUGGACCUCGACAAGGAUUCGAUUAUACACUACAAUGGCGUCGAGAUGCAAAAGAUGCAGUCGGAGUUCAAAGGAGAGGUUUUGUACAACCAAGAGGUGGACAAGCAUUUCCCUCAUCUUACUGUUGGUCAGACACUAGAAUUUGCCGCCACAGCUCGCGCUCCAUCCCGUCGGCUCCUGGGACAGACACGUGAAGACUAUGUAAAAGAAGUCACUCAAGUGAUUAUGGCAGUCUUUGGUCUUUCACACACAUACAAUACCAUCGUCGGAAAUGAUUACGUGCGUGGUGUCUCUGGAGGUGAAAGGAAGCGUGUCAGUAUCGCCGAAAUGGCUUUGGCCAGAGCACCAAUCGCCGCCUGGGAUAACAGUACUCGUGGAUUGGAUGCCGCCAGUGCAUUGGAAUUCGUAAAAGCGUUGCGAAUGGCAUCCAACCUCUCCGGAAGCUGCCAUAGUCUCGCCAUUUACCAAGCAUCUCAAGCUAUCUAUGACGUCUUCGACAAGGUUAUUGUGUUGUAUGAAGGCCGCGAAAUUUACUUUGGUCCCUGCAACCGCGCCGAACAAUACUUCGUUAACAUGGGCUGGUCCAAACCCGCGCGUCAAACAACGGGUGAUUUCUUGACGUCCGUCACAAACCCGCAGGAACGUCAGGCGCGGGAUGGAAUGGACAAGCUAGUGCCUCGAACACCGGAUGAAUUCGAGGCAUAUUGGAUGAAGAGUCCCGAGCGCGCUGCUCUGAUGCAAGAGAUCAAGGACCAUGAGGCCGAGUUCCCAGUGAGCCGCGUUGCAGAGCAGGAUUUGGCGGAGAAGAAGCAUGAACAGCAAGCGAAGCAUGUGCGGCCAAAGAGUCCGUAUUUGAUGUCGGUUCCGAUGCAAGUUCGGCUUUGUACGAAGAGGGCUUAUCAAAGGCUGUGGAACGAUAAAGCCACAACUUUGACGACGGUUAUCGGUCGAAUCUUCAUGUCUUUGAUUAUUGGAUCGAUCUACUAUGGAACCCCAGCCGCAACAGCUGGCUUUCAAAGUAAAGGCGCCGCUUUGUUUUUCGCAGUCUUGUUGAACGCGCUCAUGAGUAUCACGGAAAUCAACUCACUCUACGACCAACGCCCCAUCAUCGAGAAGCAGGCCUCAUACGCCUUUGUCCAUCCAUUCGCUGAAGCUACGGGCAGUAUCGUCGCCGAUCUACCUAUCAAAUUUGUAGCAUCGGCCGCAUUCAAUGUCGUUCUAUACUUCCUUGCCGGUCUGCGCCGCGAACCAUCCCAAUUCUUCAUCUUCUUCCUCUUCACCUUUGUGGCAACUCUUGCCAUGUCCGCUAUAUUCCGAACGCUUGCCGCCGCAACAAAGAGUCUCGCACAGGCCAUGGCGUUGGCAGGUAUCAUGGUCCUCGCCAUCGUCAUCUACACUGGCUUCGUGAUUCCCGGCCCGCAAAUGCAUCCCUGGUUCUCAUGGAUUCGAUGGAUCAAUCCCGUAUUCUACGCGUUCGAAGCGCUCGUCGCUAAUGAAUUUCACGGUCGCGAGUUUAUAUGUUCGACUUUUGUGCCUGCAUACAAUAACUUGUCUGGUGAUACAUUUGUGUGUUCCGCCACUGGCUCCGUGACAGGUCGACGAACGGUUUCUGGUGAUGAAUACAUCCAACAUCAGUAUAACUACUCGUACUCGCAUGAGUGGAGGAACCUUGGUAUUCUGAUUGCGUUUUGGAUUUUCUUUAUAUUUGUUUAUUUGACAUGCACGGAACUCAACUCUGCUACUUCAUCGACUGCAGAAUUCCUCGUGUUUCGGCGUGGUCAUGUACCGGCUUAUAUGAGGAAGUCUGACAACAAAGCCAAGAAGGGGACCAUUGAAGCGCCACCAGCCGGUGAUUCAGAGGCUGCAAAGGAAGAAGAACUAGGAAUCCUGCCCGAACAACGAGAUAUCUUCACAUGGCGGAAUGUCUGCUAUGAUAUUCCCGUCAAAGGGGGCCAGCGUCGGUUAUUGGACAAUGUAUCCGGCUGGGUCAAACCAGGAACAUUGACAGCACUCAUGGGAGUUUCUGGAGCGGGAAAGACGACUCUGCUUGACGUCCUUGCUCAACGUGUUUCUAUCGGUGUUGUGACUGGAGACAUGUUCGUCAACGGCAAGCCUCUUGACGCCAGUUUCCAACGAAAAACGGGAUACGUGCAACAGCAGGAUCUUCAUCUCCAGACUAGCACUGUACGAGAAGCUCUGCGUUUUAGUGCAGCGUUGCGCCAGCCAAAAUCUACACCUCUCUCCGAGAAAUAUGAAUAUGUCGAGGACGUCAUCAAGAUGCUCAACAUGGAAGACUUUGCCGAAGCAGUUGUGGGAACACCGGGCGAGGGAUUGAAUGUCGAGCAGCGAAAGCUUCUCACCAUUGGCGUUGAGCUGGCCGCAAAACCGGCUUUGUUGUUGUUUCUGGACGAACCUACCAGCGGUCUCGACUCGCAGAGUUCAUGGUCAAUCUGUGCAUUCUUGCGUAAAUUGGCGGACCAUGGUCAGGCGGUGCUCUCAACGAUCCAUCAGCCGAGUGCGAUUUUGUUUCAGCAGUUUGAUAGGUUGUUAUUCUUGGCUAAGGGCGGUAAGACUGUCUACUUUGGGGAUAUUGGUAAGGAUUCAAAGACGAUGUUGGACUAUUUUGAGAGGAACGGGGCAAGAGAAUGUGAUGCUGCAGAGAAUCCCGCCGAAUACAUGCUCGAAAUCAUCGGGGCAGGCGCAAGCGGAAAAGCCACUCAAGACUGGCCUGCUGUCUGGCGCGAGUCUCAAGAAGCAAAGAAGAUCCAGACGGAACUCGACGAAAUCCAAGCACACCACUCUGCAGCUCCUGAUGGCACAGAAACUACGGGCGCAACAGCUACGAACGAUGGAAGCAGCGAAUUCGCAGUGCCCUUCACAUCCCAACUGUGGCACGUCGUCGUUCGCGUCUUUCAGCAAUACUGGCGCGAUCCUCAGUACAUCUUCGCCAAGUUAUUGCUUGGUCUGUCAUCGUCUCUGUUCAUUGGAUUCUCCUUCUUCCGACCAAACAGUAGCAUGCAGGGCUUCCAGGACGUUCUUUUCAGCACAUUCAUGAUGACAUCCAUCUUUUCCACGCUUGUGCAGCAAAUCAUGCCGCGUUUCGUCAGCCAACGAUCUCUCUACGAAGUUCGCGAAAGACCCUCAAAAGCCUACUCCUGGGUCGCCUUUUUAAUUGCAAACAUCAUCGUCGAAAUCCCCUACCAAAUCAUCAUGGGAAUCAUCGUCUGGGCCUGCUACUACUACCCGAUCUACGGUGCAGGUCAAUCAAGCGAACAACAAGGUUUGAUGUUGCUCUUCAUCCUCCAAUUCCUCGUGUUUGCGUCCACCUUUGCGGAUCUCGUGAUUUCGUCAAUGCCAAACGCUGAAAUGGCUGGUACAAUCGCGACGUUCGCGUUCGCGCUUACACUGAGUUUUAACGGUGUCAUGCAGCCCCCGAACGCGUUGCCCGGGUUCUGGAUAUUUAUGUAUCGCGUUUCGCCAUUGACAUAUCUGAUAUCCGGUAUGACGGGCAAUGGCCUUGAUGGGCGGCCAGUGAUCUGCUCAAGCUCAGAGUUGAGUGUGUUUAACCCUCCUUCCGGGCUGACGUGCGGCGAAUACCUACGGCCAUACUUGGCUCUUGCGCCAGGUAGGUUGUACAAUCCUGAUGCGACGAGUAAUUGUCAGUAUUGUUCGUUGCAGAGCGCGAAUCAAGUGCUUGCUCUUAGCGAUAUUUACCCCGAACAUCGAUGGCGUAACUGGGGCAUAGGAUGGGCAUAUAUCGGCUUCAAUAUCUUCGGCGCAGUUGCGUUGUAUUAUGUGUUCCGUGUCAAGCAUUACAAUCCGACCUCGAUUGUGAGAGGAGUGUGUGAUGCCGGAAGGUUUGUUGGGCGCAUUUUCAAGAGGAGCUCGGAGACUCCCAAUGGUCGGGAAGCGCAAGAUGGGCGUGUUUUUUAG